GACAACACGAUAAUCGAUAUAGCUAAAUCGCAUAAUGAAAUCUGAAAGCGUGCUUCUUUCUCUUCUCUGUCUCUCUCCACUCAAAACACAUGCCAAAACGGAGUGGAACUCUGGAAGAUGAGAAUGAUUUGCUGAAAAUAAGGAAAAACCAUCUGAAACACAUCCACGAACUCUUCAAGACAGACAAAAACGAGGUUCCAUGCCAAUUGUAGAAACAACUUAGCUUCAAAGGCUCCAAAAAAACAAGAUUUUGCAUAGUAAAACCUGGAUUCUAGGACCAACAUCUCAAACUCAAACAGAUGAAGAGAGCUAUCUGCUUGAAAAAUCCGGAUAUAGAACUCGAUGGCUCAACGGGAAUCCCCAUCUUUCAGUCCCGAAUCCAUCGCCUCCCUUAAUUACACGAGAUAUUACGCAAAUGGGCCCACAGGCCAAACCAUGUUUCCCGGACUGAAAAAGAGGGGUCAUAAUCUCGGAAGCCGAUCAUGGAUUCUGAUCGACCCUAAUGGGAAUUCGAAAAUUGUGGAGCUGGAUAAAUUUACAGUGAUGAGACGUUGCUCUUUGCCUUCAAGAGACCUAAGGCUUCUGGACCCUUUGUUUAUAAAUCCCUCGACAAUAUUAGGCCGUGAGAAGGCAAUUGUUGUGAGUCUCGAGCAGAUUAGGUGUAUAAUCACGGCCGACGAGGUUAUGUUGAAGAAUUCACUGGACGGGUCCGUGCAACAGUACAAAUCCGAACUAUGCAAGCGUCUUGAAACGUGUAAAGAUCAGUAUGAUGAUCUACCUUUCGAGUUCAGGGCAUUGGAGCUUGCAUUGGAGCUUACAUGUAUGUCUCUUGAUGCUCAGGUGAAAGAAUUAGAAUUAGAGAUACAUCCUGUGCUCGAUGAGUUGGCAUCAUCAAUAAGCACUCUCAAUUUAGAGCGUGUACGUAGAUUCAAAGGCCACCUCCUCACGUUGACUCAGCGUGUACAAAAGGUUUGCGACGAAAUCGAGCAUCUGAUGGACGACGAUGGUGACAUGGCUGAGAUGUACUUAACCGAGAAAAAGGAAAAACGGGACAACCUCACGAAUAGUGAUUCAUUUGAUCAUGUCAAUGCUUCAGAGGAUAUUAAGGCUCAUGUGUCAAAAUCUGCACCCGUUUCGCCUGUGGGGUCGAGCAGUGGCAUUCACAAGCUGCAGAGGGCCUUCAGCAGUAUGAGUUCCAGUAAACAUGGCAGCUUCUUGAGUUCGUCUAGCGGCCAAGAAAACAUCGAUCAACUCGAGAUGCUACUCGAGGCCUACUUUGUCGUCAUUGAUAACACGCUCAACAAGUUGCUAUCGCUGAAAGAGUAUAUCGAGGAUACCGAGGAUUUAAUCAACAUUAAACUGGGAAAUGUUCAGAACCAGCUGAUUCAGUUCGAGUUACUUCUUACUGCUGCUACAUUUGUGACUACUGUGUUUGCUGUUGUGACUGCCGUUUUCGGCAUGAACUUUGAGGACACUAUAUUCGACAAGCCGUCUACAUUUAAUUGGGUACUUAUCAUUACUGGUGUUUUUUGUGGGAUCUUGUACUCGGUCUUUUUGAUCUAUUUCAAGCACAAAAAGGUUAUUCCUUUGUAAGGUGUAUAGUUUUGUGUAUUUCUAUUUCUUGGAUUAGUUUAUUUGAUGUUGGUGCGUUGAUAUGAUUGAUGAAAUCAGUUGCAUAAAUAAAUAUAUUGGCUCGAUUGGAUUGCAAUUUACAUUGUCCACCUUUCCCCAUUGUCGUGCUCUUUAUCCCUCUCUGUAAAUGCAAGCAAAUCCCCAUUAAACUCCUCAUAAGAAUUCACAUAAUUUACAGACAAAUACUUUCCAGACAACUCAUUUUCUCCUUCGUCAUGCUCGUCCCAUGCACACGAUGAGGAUUCUGUUUCACUGUGGUAAUGAAAUUUGUUCUCACGAGACUCAAUGCUAUCUGAAAGUCUUUGAGUGUCGGCAAGAGCUGUCUCUAGCUCGUUUAUACGCUUUUUUUAGCUUUGACUCGGUCAACUCAUGCAGCCGGAGCCUUAGCUCCCAUGGACAAACUGCAUAAUUGGCAGCAGUAUCUGGUUUGAAAUCCAGGUUAACCUGCAUGAAACAAUGAAUAUUGGGAAAAGCAUAUAAUUUUUGACAAAUCACAAAGUGUGAAUGUCACUUUAGGGGAGUUGAUGCUAAGACACAUAAAAUGAAAAAGGGCUAUUUAGAGGAAAACUCUUAGAAAAUUGCUUUUCGGUUAGUGUUUGCAAAAAACCAUCCCUUAAAUCUUCCUAUCACUCGGCCUAGUACCUGAGAGAUUAAAAAUUUCCUUGAAUUCCAAAAAACCAAAAACAUGAAAGUUUGAUAUUUGAAAACUGAAAAAAGCUACUUUUAUCCUGAA